AUGAGCUCGCGUAACGGCAGCCUCGCUGGAUGCUACGUGGAUGAAUUCGAUGAAGCCGCCACUACCAAACCUGAAACGAGCAGCAUUUACCGCUACGGCCGACCCGUAUACGAGGGGACGCCAACUGCAUGCUUCGAGGGCGGGUUGUUGUUUCGGAUUGUGGAAGAAGGUAAGAACAACCGCUGGUCUUUUUACAAUGACACGCCAAGCAACCAGAUGCGCGUGGAGGUUAUUUUUGGAGCAAAUUCUGCUAUUAAGGCCCUUGGCAACACAAGCCUAAUAAAACUACCCGAUGGUUCCUACAAGGGUACCGUAACGGUGUACCCAUUAGAGACAGAGGUGUUCGUUGAAGGUAAGUGUGACACUUACGAGAGCAACAUCGUUGCGGAGGAGCUUUCAACGGAGUACUUGCAAGAUGUAGCGGUACAGAAUGCGAAGGUAAUCGAAAAGGAAACGCAAGAAGUGAGCAAGUUGGGAGGGGAGAAUUCCUCACCAGACGACACGCUAGCAGCGUGCAUUGCAAAGAAGACAAAGUUUGUUGACUUAAUUUUUCCACCCGGGCAGGAGUCCCUGCAAAUCGGUACUCCGCACAAGCUGAAAGUGAUACCGUGGGAACGACCAAGCAUGUACCUUUCCGAUGAAAAUGCCCUGCACGCGCGCUUAUUUCGUAACAAUAUCCACCCGGGAAACAUCGAUGAAGGUGAGCUGGGAGAUUCGUGGUUUACGGGGGCUUUGGCUUGCAUGGCCGAGUUCCCGGACCGGGUGCGCGAUAUGUUUCGUCACCCACGGAGCAUCGAGGAGGGAAAGAAUGAACGCGAAAUAGGUGCGUACCGCGUCACCUUCAAUAAGGAUGGAUGGUGGACCAACGUGAUUAUUGACGAUUACUUACCAUGCUCCGGUGGACAUCCCAUGUUCGCCCGGUCGUACGGGGAUCCGAUGGAGUUAUGGGUCUCAUUGGCACAAAAGGCCUACGCCAAGCUGCAUGGUGGUUACGGUUUCCUCGUCGUAGGCGACCCACUCCGCGCGCUUCAGGACCUUACUGGCUUCCCCUGCUCGUCCUUUAACACCGCCUUUGAGAAUGCCAAAAUGAACGGAGGGGAGGAACUGUUUGUCCAUUUAUUGCAAUACGGACAGACGAGCUAUCAGACAAUACUGACCGUCCCCACAAGGGGAGCCUUGAAGCUGCAAGGAGCGAGUGUCGAGGCAUAUGAGGCCACUGGGCUUUUACCGGGGCAUGUAUACACAGUGUUAAGUGUAAUGCCCUUUCCGGAAUACAACCUUCGCCUGUUGCUGCUGCGCAAUUCGUGGGCCAAUCAUUCGAAACACCGAUGGAAUGGGGCAUGGAAAAGGGGUAGUGAGAAGUGGAAACAGUACCCAGGCGUGGCGGCAGCUUGUGCUGGGGCAUGUGAUGCAGAUGGUGUUCUCUGCGUUGAGUGGUCAGAGGCUCUUGCUCUUUUUGCCGGGUGUGGUGUUUGCUUCGUACAAGACACCCCGUAUGACUACCGUAUUCGUGGGUGCUUCCAGAAAGCUAUACCGAGUGUUUGCCUUGAGAUCAGUGUCUCUGUACCCAUUGUGCUGUGCCUUUCGCUAACCCAGGAGGGCUGCCAUGGCACAGACAAGGCGGAUUACUCACCCAUCAUGCUCAGUGUUGCUCAUGGUUCUGGCUGUAACCAAAUUAUGACUGUUGAAGCGAACAGUGGCUUCGACGCGGACCAUCCCAAUCCGGGUUUCACCUUCUUUGAAACACGUGAGGCGAACAUGUUCUUUCAUAUGAUACCGGAGAAGUCCCCUUACCUCAUCAUACCACGAACCAUGACACCUUACAAGGAAUUGUCUUAUGUGCUUAGUAUUCACAGCCCAGUGGAGAUCGGCACACCGGAAAGUGCCGUAUUUGUCGCAUUUCGGACACUGGCACCCGAAUGUGGUGUCUUCGCCAACUGUAGGAACUUCCAAGUGCAAGGAAGCACCUGCCAGGCGGAGUUCCAGGCUCGCGGAACAGAACAGUUUUUCCCUGAUAUCUAUCUUGGUAACUCUAUUGAGCUGUCCUAA